CUCCUCCUGCUGGCGUCUCCAGGCAGAGACAGAGCCUUUGUCCAUCUCACGGGAUGCUGACACACCUUGCUCUGUCCCAAAACCAAGGCUUCAUCUGCUCCUCGUGAGACCUGCUGCCCAAGCACUGGUCUCAGUUGCCACAACCAAACCAUCCCCAGUUCCACAUCCUUCUGUGUGUGUGACCCCCACGGGCCACCCCUCCGCAUGGCUCCUUUUGGGAACCACAACAUAAAAAAGACUACAAGCUACUACAGAAUGCCCAAAAGAGGCUACAAGGAUGGGAAAGGGUCUGGAGGAUCCCUAUGAGGAGUGGCUGAGGCCGCUAAACCCAUCCAUCCAGGAGAAGAUGAGACUGAGGUGCACCUGUGACCCCGAGCCAUGUCCUGCUGCAAGCCCUGCGACCCUUGCUGCCAGCCCUGCGGCCCCUGCCCGCUGGCCAACAGCUGCAAUGAGUGCUGUGUCAGGCAGUGCCAGAGCUCCCACGUUGCCAUUGAGCCGCCUGCUGUGCUGGUGACCCUGCCUGGGCCCAUCCUCAGCUCCUUCCCACAGAACACCGUGGUGGGAUCCUCCACCUCUGCUGCUGUUGGCAACAUCCUCAGCUGUGGCGGAGUGCCCAUCAGCUCCGGGGGCUUUGACAUCUCCUGCAUCACCAACUGCUAUGGUGGCAGCAGAUGUCGUCCCUGCUAAAGCUGCUGGCAAU